UCUAACCUAAACUUUUUGGCGGUCAAAAAUGGAUAAAAAACAAAUCCAAUUGCAAGUGGUGAAAAAACCAAUAAUUGAAUUAUUAUCGGCCGAACAACAUGGCAAGAUUUUCUUACACAAAGGAAAGUAUUUUGUUGAAGUUUACGUUUGUGCAACUAUUACGGAAAUAUCAGGAAAAACCGAUGUGGCUUAUAAAAAAUACUUAAUCGAAGAUGGUACAAGUUGUAUAGACUGUUAUCUGGAACCAAGACAAACUAAACUGGCACCAAGUGGGACUCAAUCCACGAUUAAUGAAAACUUUCAACUUGGAGAUACUGUGUUUAUUUGGGGAAAAUUGAGAUCUCAUGAUAAUGGAAGAAAGAUUUUUGUCAAAGAAAUUAAAAAAUGUUACAAACUGGCAGAUAGGACUAAAUACUGGAAAGAAAUUUUGGAAUAAAAAUCAAACGAAAAUAAAAUAAUUUAAUUAAACUAUAGCUCAUCGCCUCGGGUAUACUUCCGGUUCUUCUUGUCUUUCCAGCCGUAUUCAGGGGGACAAUAGCAGGCCUUGCGUUGGGCGUCCAUGUACGACUUGCACCCCAGAGUCAACGUCCCCGUGAACAACAUCUUGGCAGCCCCCUUGCACGCUAAAAACCAUUUUAUUAUUGUCACAAUUUGUACCCUUUACCUUUGACAACAGACGCUCCACCAACAGCUUGCUCAUACCCAUCACAGUACUUGUACAAACACCUCUUAAACUCCAUAUCACAAACCUCCUUAUCACUGUUACAAGUAUCAUAACAAAUAUCAUGCAUAUCACAACAUUUCUUCAUUUCGCCCACUGGCAAAUAAUCGCUGUUUAUUUUAAGCCCCAAUGACCCGCACCCAUCGGCCGAUGGUACAUGGUUCCUGUUUGGCUUCGGUGGGGCACCUACAACAACCCAUGACAUUUUUUUCUCACCCAAAGUGGCUCCUUCCUUACCUGUGGGGCACUUGUAGAUACAAUGCUCUUCAACAGCGGCAUCAAACACCUCGUGCAAGUUUCGGAAAUUUUUAGCAACCUUUAGGACGUUUUGCAAGACGUCUCCGAAGACUGUCUCGGCAGAAAGAACAGCGUCUCGGAGGUUAGUCAAGAAGCCCGAACCGUAACCCGAAUAUAUAUAACCAAGGAAGGUUAGGACGUAAAUUGCGACUUUACCGUACGGGAUAUCCAUUUUCGAGUGGGGUAACCAUUACGUUGAGGUAUUUUCGUAAAAAAAAUGAGGUUAUGUAAGUGCAUUUGUGCCAAAAAUGUCAAAAGUGACAGGUCGGUUAGUGAUUGGUUGGCGGUGAUGUGAAGUGAGGGGAUUGGUUGAACGGAUUACAGCGCCACAUUUAAACAUAGAGAAUUGUAUCAAGCGAGAUUUAAAUGCGUCUCUUGUUCAACCUGGAAAGUCGAUACGAGUUCCAAAUUUAUGUUGGCAACUGUUCAAACAACUCGGUUAAUUAAUGAAUGGUUUAUACAGCAUGGCCCGGAAGUGAUUUUUUUUUCAAAAUUCUAUUUUCACCACGAGAAAUUAGAUGAUAAUUGCAUUUUAGGUCAAAACUUCCACUUGAUAAAUUUGCGCGUUUUUAGGAUCACACUGUGUAUAAAAUAAUAAACACAAAAAACAACCACCGAUCAAUACGAAAAUAGAAUCUUCCCCCAAGUUAGUGACUUUAUUACAAAGAGACGCAAAAAGCUGUCUGUGUUGUUUUUUUGCUCAGUCAUGAUGACCUCAAAUGUGUAAAUAUAAACUCUCAAUGUUUAAUAAACCGUUUCA